AUGACGAUCAUGCAGAGGACAUGUCCUCGCAGCCUGCGUGCGCUAAGCCGCCCCUCUUGGACUUGGACACCCGCCUUUCCACCGGCUGCCACGAGAGGAUUCGCGAUCAGCCUUCUACGGCAAAACAAGAUGUCACAAAAGAUCGUCGUUCAGAACCCCGUCGUCGAACUGGAUGGCGAUGAGAUGACCAGGAUCAUUUGGAAGAAGAUUCGCGAGGAGCUUAUCCUCCCGUAUCUCGAACUAGAUAUCAAGUACUACGACCUGGGGUUGGAGUUUCGCGACCAGACGAACGACCAAGUCACCGUCGACGCCGCCAAUGCCAUCCUUAAAUAUAGCGUCGGCAUCAAAUGCGCGACUAUUACUCCAGACGAAGCUCGCGUCGAAGAGUUCAAGCUCAAGGAGAUGUGGAAGAGUCCUAACGGGACUAUUCGAAACAUCCUUGGUGGCACGGUUUUCCGUGAACCAAUUAUCUUGUCCAAGAUCCCCAAACCCAUUCCUGGAUGGGUGAAGCCCAUCGUCAUUGGAAGACACGCUUUCGGUGAUCAGUACAAAUGCACGGAUUUCGUCGCUCCUGGACCUGGCAAGCUCCAGAUGGUUUACACACCUGCUGAUGGGUCAGCACCUACCGCCUUGGAUGUGUACAACUUCAAAGGACCAGGAGUUGCCAUGAGCAUGUACAACACCGAUGAGUCUAUCAUCGGAUUCGCGCAUGCAUCUUUCAAGAUGGCGUUAUCCAAGAAAAUGCCAUUGUUCAUGUCGACUAAGAACACCAUUCUGAAAAAAUACGAUGGCCGCUUCAAAGAUAUUUUCCAGGAAAUAUACGAAGCUGAAUACCGAACCCAGUUCGAAGCGGCUGGCACGUACUACGAGCACAGGCUGAUCGAUGACAUGGUGGCGCAGGCAGUCAAGUCUUCCGGAGGUUUCGUGUGGGCAUGCAAGAACUAUGAUGGUGAUGUCCAGAGCGACAUUCUCGCACAGGGCUUUGGAAGCUUGGGUAUGAUGACUAGCGAGCUGCUCACCCCUGACGGCAGGAUCAUCGAGAGCGAAGCCGCCCACGGAACCGUUACCCGCCAUUAUCGUGAAUGGCAGAAAGGCAAGGAGACAUCGACGAACCCCGUUGCGUCCAUCUUCGCAUGGACCAGGGGUCUUCUCCACCGCGCUAAGCUCGAUGGAAAUGACGCCCUCCGCAACUUCUGUAAUGAUUUAGAAGGGUCAUGUGUAGAUGUCAUCGACAAGGACGGCAUCAUGACCAAAGAUCUUGCUUUGGCCAUACAUGGGAAGGAUAUGAAGAGGGAGCAUUGGGUCGUUACUGACGUUUAUAUGGAUGCCGUUAACGCUAAACUCCAGAAAAAGCUAGAGGCGAGGGUAUCGAAGGCGUAG